GGGUCCGCGCCUCUGUUCGCCGUCCGGUGAGCUCCGCGGCAGGUCUGGGAGCGUCCCGGGAGCGAGGCCCGACCGGGCACAGCCGAGAUGUCAGGGCUGCUGCACACCACGCUGAGCGGGCUCAACAGCGACUCCUACUGCGAGAUAAGCCAGUACCGCGACCAGCACUUCCGGGGCAGUAGGCAGCUCCAGGAGAAGUCCCUGAAAAUUUCUUCUACGCUUUACGUUGGCAACCUGUCCUUUUACACCACCGAGGAGCAGAUCCAGGAGCUCUUCUCCAAGUGCGGAGACGUCAAGAGGAUUGUCAUGGGGCUGGACAAGAUCAAGAAAACCCCUUGUGGCUUCUGCUUUGUCGAGUACUAUACCAGAGCAGAGGCGGAGCACGCAAUGCGCUUCAUCAACGGCACGCGCCUGGACGACCGCAUCAUCCGCACUGACUGGGAUGCAGGCUUCAAAGAGGGCAGGCAGUAUGGCAGAGGCAAGACUGGAGGACAGGUGCGAGACGAGUACCGGACAGACUACGAUGUGGGCAGAGGAGGCUUUGGCAAGAUCAUUCAGAUGCAGAAGGCGAAUCAUCAACCUGCCAUCUAUUAAUCGCCUCAUGUGUCCUAGCUCCUAGACAGCUCUGUAUUCCAGAUCUAGCCCUUCUCUCCCAUUUUGGAUUGGGGUAGGGAGUGAGAGCCAUGUUCCAGCAGAAGGUGCCCCUGCUCAGAUUGUGGAUAUACCUGCGUGCAUCCCUGCUUCCUUCUGGGCUAGAGAGGAUGGUCUCUGCUGUUACAUGGCAACAAGGGUAAAAAUGGGACAGCUCUGCAGGAUUCCGCGUAAGGAGAAAUUCAGCAUGUCACACACCUUGUGCUGUGACAUCCUUUUCACACUGCAUCCAGGCAGGUGGCUUCCUCCAAGCUGCAGCCGUGGCCGUGGUUGCUCUCAGGUGGAAUUCCUUGAAACCUCAUCUCUGGAGAGCCCUCCAGAGCCUGGGCAUCCUAUGGAGAUACACAGUAGACUCUCCAUCCUCAUCUCUCAUCCAAGCAACACCACUGCUUUGUAAGCAGAAGUGAAACAAGGUCUUAGUGUCCACGUGGAGGUGCCCAUGUCUAGCCCUUGGGUUGGUUGGGGCCUGCAGAGCAUUUCUCUUUAUGAUGCCCUCAGUGCUGCCUGGCUUUUCAGAUCUUCACUGCUUGGCAUGGUUUUGUUCUUUCGGGUUUUUUAAUAAACAAUCGUAUUGGC